CAAGCUUUCAAAAUGGCAGAUGCUGGGAUACAAGAAGCGAUAGGAGUUUCUAACAUUCUACUUGUUACCGAUUCCUACAAAGUAAUUUAUAUAUCUUUGGAUUUUUAUUAUUAAGGUUUAUUCAUGUUAUUUUAGUAAUUUAAUUGCAGAUUACAAUAUAAUUUACUUUUCUUAUAACUACAGUGGUGAUAAUAAUAACAAUUAAAUAUGGCCCAUUGAGGCCAUUGUCAGUAGUAGUAGUGGUAAUAUGGCAUGGAUAGGCAAGCACGCUCAGCAAUGCCGAAAUUAAAAUGAAUUUUUUAAAAGCAUGUUAAAAAUUAAUAGGCCUACUAAAAAAAUAUAUUUUGCAGGUUAAAAUGAAAAUUUUUUUAUAGGCUACGCCUUUUGUUGGUUUUUUUUCUUGGAAAGCCCUUUAUUCAUUAAAUUCUGAGAAAUAUUAAAUAUGGCUAUUUGAAAGUUGAUUUUUAUAUUAGUUAUUUCCCUUUCUCAGAAAAGAAAACAGAAACCAAAACUAAACAUUUUUUUUUUCAAUUCAUAAAAAUAUAAAAAUAUUUUUUUCAAAAUAAUAUCACAACAAAUUUUUGUCAGUGAACUUUUACAUUUAAAGUUAAAGGUCCUAAAGCCUAAGGAAAAUAAUAAAUGUGAAUCCAGAUAAAAAUUCUAUUAAAUUAAAUUGCAAAAUCCCCAUGCCCAUGAGGAAGGAGUUAAAUAAGUAAAGAAAUAUUCAUUAUUUCAUAACAUAACACUUGACUUAGGCCUACUUAAUUUGGCCUAAACUGCAGCCCUUUUCACAAAUGUCUAAGAUAGAAACACCAAUGAACAGUAAAAGAUUUUCAUUUGGCUAUUUGGAAAACAGUUAUUUAAAAAAAUAAAGGUGUAGUUAUCAGUAGUGGUGAAUCAAGGGAUUGAAUCGCCUAAGGCCCAAGGCAAUUUAGAUGAAUCUGGCCAGGCUGCUGAGACUUAUUGACUGUUUAUGGAGAAUAUUUUAAUAGGCCAUGUCUCGGCUAUAAAUGAAAGCCAAAUUAUAUUUAAGUAAACUUCUAAUGAAAUUAGUUGUUCUUGUAAUAUUGAAAUCCAAAAAUAAUUAUUUCUCUAAAAUGAAAUGUAACAAAAACUUUAAUUGAGAGAUUACAAAAAUAAUAUAAUAGAUUUGCUCCUUUGUGUUUGAUGUUAUUUACAUACACCUUGCUUGAUUCUCAUGGCAAUCAAUUAUGUGUCGCCCUCACAAGUUAGCAGUAAUCAGUUUAAUGUCUGGUUCACAGUUCCUCAGCAUAAGUGUUUCCAAUUCGUUUCCAGAAUAAAGUUGAUCUCAGUGGUCUCAAUAGACUUUUUAUAAAUUUUAUCAGGUUAGAAAACGUUAAUUUGCAUGAAACUUGGAAAAGUGGAAUAGUCAGCAAAUAUGUUUAAAAAGAAGUUAUUAAUACUGGUACUGAAUAUGCAUCUGAAUAUUAUUUAUACUUUUUAAAUUAAGAUACAGUAGCAUAAGGCACAAUUCUAACAAGUACUAAUGUGUUUUGUUGUCAAUCCUUUUCCAAAUUGUGUUCACAAUUUUCUUUAUUAUUUAGACUAUUACUUUUGUAUACAAUUCAGUGUGUUCUGUCUGUAAGACCUUUCUUCAAAUUGUCCAAAUUUAGAAAUGAAAUCUGAGUUCUAUACAAAUUCUAUUUGCCCAUGAAUCGGUGUGAAAUCUGAACAUUUUUGUUGCUUUAAACUUUGAAAGUUUCAUGCAAGACUUCAUCAUUUUCAUUGAAAUUCCUCAGUUUGAGCAUGCCAUAAUUGCAGCUAACUUGCUGCCUCCUGUAAAUCUUUUCUGUAAACGAAUUAACACAAAUAUUUUUAAAAUGUGAUCAUCAACAUCUGAUGAAAUUUUUAAAUUGGAUUAAACAAAGGUUCAUAAUCUGCAGCUUAUCCGUCAAGCACUUUUCAUUUUCUAAAACGCACCGGUGGUAACUCUGUUUCAACUUUAAAACCUCUUGUUCAUUAUCUUAUUGGGCUUUUGCCCAUAUGGUGAUAUUUUGACAUGACUUUAUUUUGGACAGGAAGGAGAUCAUUUAAAUGUUAAUACCAAAAUAUUAAAACAUGGUUAAAAUAGUUAUCUUUUGUUCAAAAGAUUUCUUUUACUGUUCCACAAUAAUAAUUUUAAAUUAAUCACAACUAUAGCGGCCCAAAAAUCUACCAGCCUAUUGGUCGAUGCCUGAUAUGUCGAUCUGCCCCUGGCCAUUAGGUUAUAAAUAAAAUCUAUAGCAACUUAUAUUUGAUAUAAACGUAUAUAUAUAUAUAUACGUAUAUAUGAUUGCUUUUUAUCAUUGUUGACAUUUCUUCAUAGUGUUGAUGAGAGAACCUAACUCUGGACAAAACUGAUAAACUGUUCAGUAUAAAGUUUGGCCUAUGCUAAAAAUGUUGCUGCCAAGGUUUAGAUAUCACUAUUCUCCAUCACAUCAUUUGAACUUAGAUGAAGGUAUGAUGCCAACUGAAGGAAUACUUUUGUAUAAAGAAUUUAUGAAAUCAAAACCCACAAAAUGAGGGAUAAAAACUUAAAUGCUUUGUAAAGCUAAUUCUAGUUAUAUUCUAAAUUUAGAAAUAUACACUGGAAACACAGGAUGCAUUUCUGGAUCUUUGUGUUGUCGGCAGUAUUGUGGUUAGGAUAUUGACUUAUGGUAACUUCAUACAUAAAAAUGACAUAAAUGCCAUAUACAGAUCACUAAAAUUUGGAACAUUUGCUGUUGGAAUAGCUUUGACAAAUAGAAUGUUUUAUCCAAAAGAACUAGCUCAGAAGAAAAAAAUGGUACAUGGUCAGAGUUUUUGUACCACAAUAAUAUUGUAUUUCUUGGAUGCAUCAAAGAAUAAAUUUUAUUUUAUUUUCAGUUAUCACGAUUGAACUCAUAUAUUUAUAAGAAAAAGAAGUAAAGAUGGUUUAACUGUAGCUUUUCAAACACCAUAAUUGUGUAUUGACUAUACUUAAUUCCUAUGAUGUAAAGAUCAAGUUUUUCGACUCAACAAAGAAUCUCAUCAACUUAUUAUUGACCAGCAAUAAUACCUUUCUCCUACAAGUGAACAAAAAAUCUGCAUGUUAAUAAGCAAAAUAAGUUUGUCACUCAUUGAUGAUUGGAGGGCAAAGUCAAAGAUGCAUCACAGUCUUGUCAGUUUAUAAAAUAUGGGCUUGCAUCAUCCACAGAUGUCUCAACAAGCUUUAGAAAUCAACAGAUGUGUUGUUUGUGCUUUGCAAUUUGACAAUUUGAUUGUGGGCCCUCAAAAUAUUGAAGAAGAAGAGAAGAGAAAUUAUGGGUUGUUACCAAACUCUGCAACAGGGAAGAGAGUUUUGCUUUGACGGUCCUACAAAAGGUUUCAACUUUCAAUUAUCACGAUCUUAUAAAAUUUCAUGUCUAUCUGGCAUUGCUGUACAAAACUUGGAAAUGCAGUGCUCAAACGGACAAGGAAAAAUUGUAUUAUAAAAUUAAAAAUAAAGAAGCUCAGAUUGAUGAAUUAUGGAUGAUUAUAAAGCUGAAAUAUUCUCAUAUUACCAAAAGAAAGCAUUAGUAAUAUUGUUACAGUUUUCUACUUCUUAUUUAUGUGAAUUAGGGUUUCUAUUCUUACAAAUAUGUACAAAAACUAUUUUCAAAAGUGAAUGAUUGAAGUCAGUUAAGAUUGUAUUUUCCUGAUAUUUCUUCCAAUGUUAAGAAAAAAUAUAAAUAUAGACCACACCACACCCAAAUAAAAGCAUUAAUUUUAAUUUUUCUAAAUAUUACUAAACAAAAUACUAUAAUAUCGGGUAAUAUGAUAUUACUUUGUUCUGUGUUUAAAAGAACAUAAGAAAAAGGUGCUAUUCCUUUCAUUCAUUAAACUUUUCUGACAAGUGCAACCACUUUGCUUGUAUUGAUUUUGUUGAUUGCAAUCAUCAGUCAUAGAUUGUGUUUAAUGUCUGCUCAUAGAAGUGGAUACAUUUAUUUUUUCAGAAAUAAAUGGUAUUUUUUAGUACCAGAAUGCAACAAUAUUAAAAAUAUUUUUGUUAAUAAAAGAUUCUUUUUAAAAAAAAGAUUAUGGUGUGGGUGAACAAAGUUCUGUGCUAAUGAAAAAGUAAUCCAAUAAAUAACUUCUCUGGCCAGGUCAUCCAUCAAACAAAUAAUAAAAAAUCAAUAUUCCAUUAAUGAAUUCAUGAUUAACAUCACCCUCAUGAAGAACUUUUUUAUUUGGUUAUUGAAUUCACAGUUUGCCUUCCCUUAAAUGGGUUGCAAACCGAGGUUAACCGGUCCCAUUCUGCACCAGCCUUUGACUAUCAACAGCUAUCAUUUAUAUGUUCAUUUGCCCAGGCCUGCCUCCACCCUUUGACUAUCAACAGCUAUCAUUUAUAUGUUCAUUUGCCCAGGCCUGCCUCCACCCUUUGACAGCUAUCAUUUAUAUGUUCAUUUGCCCAGGCCUGCCUCCACCCUUUGACUAUCAACAGCUAUCAUUUAUAUGUUCAUUUGCCCAGGCCUGCCUCCACCCUUUGACUAUCAACAGCUAUCAUUUAUAUGUUCAUUUGCCCAGGCCUGCCUCUAGCCUUUGACUAUCAACAGCUAUCUUUUAUAUGUUCAUUUGCCCAGGCCUGCCUCCACCCUUUGACUAUCAACAGCUAUCAUUUAUAUGUUCCUCUGCACAGACUUGUUUCAGUUUAAGUUUGUCAAAAUUUUGCUAAUUAGUUUAUAUUAAUACACACGUCUUCAUUCUUUGUUAAUGAAAAUUUUUAAUUUUCUUUUCACACCCCUAUUAAAUAUUUAAUUAAAAAUAAUAAAUGCACAAUAACUUUUUUUUUUUUUGAAGAACCCAAACAUUCUUCAAUGCAUACUAUUGUCACUGUCCCAAGAUAUUUCCCUCGGCUAAUAAAAUAUUUGAUACCAGGUAAUCCAUCAAACAUUUUAAUUAGUCACAUAAUAAUUUGACGUAAAAAUGAAGGUUAGAAGGCCCAAACCAUUUUCCUAUAUGCCUAACAUAUCUGGCAACACACGCAGACUUUUUUGGAUAAAUGUUUUUGACAACAGUUUUUAAUUUUCUGAAUUUUCUUUUUUUUUAAAGGUUACCCAUCACUUACAAUAUCCACCCAAAACUACCACUGUGUGUUCUUAUUUUGAGAGUCGUGGAGGAAAGUUUUCUUCGACAGUGUUUUUUGGUCUUCAGUACAUUUUAAAACGCUGGCUUGUUGGACCUGUUGUUACUAAAGAAAAAAUAAAAGAGGCCAAAGAAAUAUACAGCUUACAUUUUGGACAAGACGUCUUCAAUGAAGAAGGAUGGAAUUACAUAGCAGAGGUGAAGUAAUCUGGUCAUUUUUGUUUUGGUGUUUAAGCAAAAAGACUGAAAGCAAAUCAUAAUUGAUUCUGUGUGCUGUAGAAUUAACAUGAGGAGAACAAAAGAAAGCAAAAUAAAACAAUAUCACACUUAUUGAAUUGAUGUUGUAUCAAAUGUAAGUGAAGAAAAGGCCAUUUGAUGAAAAUGUAAACAAUCAUCAGGAGUACAUCAGGGAGCUUCAUGCUAUUGAGAUAAAGCUUUUUUCAGUUAGGCCACUUUCACUUUGCUUUUAAAUCUUGUUGCAUUCCCCCUUUGCUUUUGAUGUACCACCAUUUUUUUCAUGCUUGACUUUUUUUCUUUUCUUCAUUGAGUAUGGGUGAGUAUUAUUUUAUGAAGAUUGCUUGUGAAACCGUGGUCAUGCUUAUAGAAUUCCAGCUAGAAACAUUCCAGGGAAAAGGAAGCCACAGAAGAUCAGAAACCUUGUGCAAACCAAUAGAAAAGGAAUCUGUAGCUAAGAGACCUGACCCUACAGACAGCUCCCAUGGAAGCAUCUGAAAAACAGGAUUAGCCUUUCUUGGCCAUUGUCUUUAACACCAGUGGAAACCUGAUGACUGAAUGGAAGAGUUCCAUAUCUACUUUAAGAAAUGUCCAGGUGCUAAAAACUUUAAAAAUUAAAUGCACAUUAUGCUUUUGUGAUGGUUCACCUCAUUUGUUAUAAAUGAUAAUGUUUAUUUUUGUUGUACAGCAUCACAAGGGCUACAUUCCUCUAAGGAUCAAAGCUGUCCCUGAAGGAACGGUGGUACCAACUAGAAAUGUUCUAUUUACAGUUGAAAAUACAGACCCCAAAUGUUUUUGGCUAACAAACUACUUUGAGGUACGUUUGAAUACGUUUGAUGGAUUUCUGCGAUUAGAGGACAUCCAUUUAUUAUGUAUGCCCUGAGGGGCUCUGGGGCUUGGGCAGUUAGGAGUUUUUCGUACUGGUGUGUUGGGGGUGUGUGUGUCUCAACUGAAUGUUUACAUGCAGUUUUGCAAUUAUUCUUGAAUAAUUAUCCUGAAAAUGUGAUAUUCAAUUAUUUGCAUAUUUAUAUCUCUAAUAAAGCCAUCACCCAUAUGAAAUCCCAUGUGAAUCCAUGAUUUCUAAUUAUUUUCAAAGGCUGUAAAAAUAGGACCUCAAUGUUUUAUGAUUAUGCUCAUACUGAUGCCAUGUGUUAACACAAAAAACUGGUUAAAUAUCCAAAGAUAAUAUUGAUCCUUGUGACAACUUAAGUCCACUGUACCCUUUGUAUGUUUUGUUGCAUGUGACAAUUUUUGACAAACUUCCUGUAUUGUUCAGAGUAUCAUCAUCAUUCAUCAUCGCCUGUCGUCCCGUCUGGGGCAUAGGCCACAAACAAAGGCUCUCCAGGCAUCCCGGUCUUGGGCAAGUCUCUCCAACUGUCCCCAGUUGUGCCCACUCUUUUUGAUGUCUGCCUCCAGUUCCCUUCUCCAAGUUGUUUUGGGUCGACCUCUUUUUCUCUUACCCUGGGGGUUCCAAGUCAGGGCUUGUCUCGUGAUACUUGAUGCGGGCUUUCUGAGGGUGUGGCCAAUCCAUCUCCAUCUGCGCUGGCAGAUUAACUCUUCCACUGGUUCUUGUUGUGUGCGCCGCCAGAGAUCCUCGUUGGUGAUGACGGUGGGCCAGCGGAUUCGUAAAAUCGUUCGGAGACAUGAGUUGAUAAUCAGAGUAUAGACAGUCCCUAAAUCAUUUUUAUUUAUUUUCAUUUUGCAACUCUUUCUGUGCCCCAAAACAUUGGAAUUCUCUCCCAUUACACAUCUGCAAUAUACCGCCCACCCAAGCCUUAAAACUGCACUCAAGACCCAUCUCUUCAAACUCUGCUAUUCCCACUCGUUCUCAACCCCCCCCCCCCUCCCGAUAUGUUCAUUUGUAUUUACCUAGUUUACAUGUUUUAAUAAUUGUAAAGCGCUUAGAGCUUUAUGAUAAUCGCUAUAUAAAAAUGCCUAAAUAAAUAAAUAAAUAAAUAAACAAUAACCAAUGUUGCUGGGUGCCGUCCAUGGCUAGACAGGGGUAAAUAAUACUUGGGUGGGCGAGGUCAAUCUCUUUACAAAGCUGUUUUUAAAUGAAAAGUUUUACCUUACUGUUUUUAUUGUCAUGUUUCUAUUUUCUUGUGGCUAAUUUUUAUGUAAAGCACGGUGUGCCUAGCCCUAGACUGGGGUACCACACUAUAUAAGAACAAUUUAUGAAUAAUAAUAAUAAUAAUAACUUCCAUUUGUUGGCCCACCCUUAGUUUAAAUACUUACUGGGGGGGGGGGGAGCAGAACAAUCCAGUAUUUUGUUAGGCUGGACCAAAAACUGCACACCCGAAAAGGGGGAGAAAAACCUCAAAUCAUUUUCAAAACACAUUUUCCAAAAUAUUCCAAUUGAAAUAUUACUGCCAGGUCCUUUAAAGCAGUGGUUCCCAAACUUUUAAGUUUGGCGGACUGGUGAACAAGUUUCGAAAUUUUACCAGGGACCGUUGCAUGAUUUAUUUUUAUACUUUUAUUUCUAUUUGACAAUAAAUAUUUAUGUUAUGGGGACCUGCAGCGUUAUGCAUGCGGACCAGUGAAGGUCCACAGACCGCCAUUGGGGGACCACUACUUUAAAGGACAAGCCCUCAUUGCAUCAAAGUUUAUCAUCUAGGUCAGUGGUUCUCAACCUUCCAGAUGCCAUGACCCUUUAAUACAGUUCCUCAUGUUAUGGUGACCCCCAGCAUAAAAUUAUUUUCGUUGGUACUUCAUAAAUAUGUGUUUUUUGAUGGUCUUAGGUGACCCCUGUGUAAGGGUCGCAGCCCACAGGUUAAGAACCGCUGAUCUAGAUGUCCUUUUGUGUACAUUUGGUGCAGCAAAUGAGUUUGCAUCACAGUGGGCAUGAGAGUGGGGCUGACAAGAAUGAUACACUCUUGGAGAUUUCUUCAUUGAAAGCUCAAUUUGUGCAUAUGUAUGGGGGUUUCAAUUUGUGCAUAUGUAUGGGGGUUUCCAAAAAUGUAUAGAUGAAAUACUGAAUUAUUUGGUACUAAUAUAUGGAUGACUGGAUGGCCCAUUUACCUUUUAGUGGAUUCAAUGUUAUGAACGAUCUACAUUAGUUUUAUUUAAUUUUUUGAAUUCUCCUAACAUUAAAUAUUUUUAAAAUGCGCUUUUCAUCUUCAGACACUUCUAGUUCAAGUAUGGUAUCCCUUGACAGUGGCAACCAAUUCUCGCUGCCAGAAGGAAAUAAUUGCUAAAUAUUUGUUUGAUACAGCUGAAAAUUUAGACAGUCUUCCCUUUAAGCUCCAUGACUUUGGAUUUAGAGGUUGUAGCAGUGUUGAGGUGAGUUGGAGCAGUAUCAAGGUGGGUUGUGAAAGUUCAGUGCUAAGGUGGGUUGUAGCAGCUCACUGUCAAGUUGAGUUGUGUUAGUGUAGUGUCAAUGUAGGUUGCAGUAGUAUUAAAUUUAGUUGUAGCAAUGUCUAGGUGAAUUGUAGCAGUUCAGUGUAAAGGUGGGUUGUAGCAGUUCAGUGUCAAGGUGGGUUGUAGCAAGUCUGUGUAAUAGUGGGUUGAAGCAGUUCAGUGUAAAGGUGGCUUGUAGCAAGUCUGUGUAAAGGUGGGUUGUAGCAGUGUCAGUUUCUGUUGUACCAGUGUUUUGGUGGGUUGUUGCAGUCUUUAAGUGGGUGGUAAAAGUGGUGUGUGUGUUGCACCAGAGAUUAGGUGGGUGAUAACAGUGUUAGGGUGGUUGUUGCUGUGUCAAGAUGAGAUCUGAAAAUAAGAGGGUAUACAAUUUUGUAUAAACAAGGUCCUUCAUUUUUCUCCGUCCCUUAGUCUGCUGGUAUAGGUGGCGCUGCUCAUUUGGUCAAUUUCCAAGGUACAGACACAAUCGCUGCACUUGUUACAGCAAAAAAUUUUUAUGGGUGCAGAAAUGCAGGCUUUUCUAUACCUGCAGCGGAGCAUAGGUAAUGUUGCCUUUUAAAAAUUAUUUAACAUUUAUAGUAUGUAUUAUUAAAGUUAAAAGAGAUAAGCAACUUAGAGCAUUUUUCUGACUGAUCUGAAGAAACGAACCUUUUUGUAUUGUAAACAAGAGGCUUUAUUUAUGUUCACUAAAAAUGGUAACAUAUUUCAAAUGACUCCUACUCAUCCAUUUUAGACUUCGCGAUUGGUUGUUACUUCUUUAGAGCAACCCUGUUGUGUUGAUUAACAAACUUUUAAAAUUUCUCUUUUAACUCAAGCUGUUUUAUUCUUUGUGUCUUAUAAAUCUGCACACGGGACCAUACUCAGUGAUGAGUACAUUACCACACGAAUAAAUAUUAAUAUCAUUAUUUCUGUAAUUUUGUGUAAUUUUACACCUUGUCUUGAUUUUUCUACGCCGUCUUGCAGUCCUCAUGAUAAUGGUCUGAUUAUUUGGCAGGUUGAUCUUUCCUCGUAUCAACACAAUCACAUGUAAUGAGUCUUUUAAAUGCAUCAGCACAAUCACACUAAUGAGGCUUUUAAAUUUGGUUAUAACAAAUGAGGGUCAAAGAAAACUCAUCCUUACCUACCACCCACACAAUGUAAUUGCCAGAAAAUAUUCUUGAAGACUCGGCAUCUACUCCCAGCUGACCCUGACAGGGUUUUCCACAUCCCCUUUACUUGUUGUCUUCAGAUGUGAUAAAAAUCUUUGUGACCUUCUUUGCACAUUCGCCCUUAAGCUGACCCCUCUCUGGUUGGUACUAAACUAUGUUUAAGAAGCCAUUGUAGGACUUGCCCCUAUGUUCUGGAAACUAAACAAUGAGACCUCCCUAAGGAGACCUUUAUCAUCAAAGCGGGAUUCACAUGUGAUUGUUUGCAGAAGAUGUCAAUUUUUCUUCAACUGCAUUCGUACCACAUAAUACAAGAAGCCCGUACAAAAUAUUAAUCUGUAACAUAAUAAUAAUCUAUAAAUAUUUAAAAAAGAAUUACAUUUUUUUGAAAAAUUUUUUGAUUUCAUUAAAAAGUGUAGAGAUGUGACUAUUCUAUACUAAACAUCUCAAAUGAAAGUAAUUUUAAAUUGGAAAAUGUGAUGAUUUUAUACUAUACAUCUCUUAUGAAAGUAAUUAGACUAUACAUUAAAAGAUUGACCAUAAAAUAACUGUAUGGUUAUUUUCUUUUCUAGCACAAUUACAACAUGGGGAGAACAUGGUGAGAGGGAAGGCUUUAAGAAUAUGCUAGAUAAGUUUCCAACUGGAUUAGUGGCUGUGGUGAGUGACAGUUAUGACAUCUGGAAUGCUUGUGAGAAGAUCUGGGGCACUGAACUCAAGGAGGCAAUAAUUGCAAGGGGAGAUAAGGGAGCUCUUGUCAUCAGACCCGAUUCUGGGGAUCCCCCAGAAAUAGUUGUAAAGGUAAGAAAAUUUUCUCCAUAUAUAUGAAUUUUUUAAUAGAUAAAAUAGUUGUGACACAUAUCAUUAUAUUAACAUUUUAAAAAAUUUGAAUUGUCCAGUUCUCUUUAAUUUGUAAUAUGUUAGUACCUGAAAAAUUCAUAUAUGCCAACACACAUGUGUAACACAUGUACAAAACUAACAGAAGCAUAAUACCUGUAAAUAAAAAAUGAAAAGUGAAAUUAAUUAUCAAUGCUUUGAAUUCAUGCAAUAUUUGCACUUGAAAAUGUCUGGAUUUCUUUAUAUUUGUCCCAAACAAUGAGUGUGUAUUUACACUGUAAAAUGUAUGUGAUUUGUUCACCUUUAAGUCUAUUUCUAUCAGUUUGUAUAUUUGCUGUGUUGCAAGGUUGGCAAACAUAAAAGUUUUAUAUCAAAACAAGAAGAUACAAAUAUUACUGAUAUUGCAUCUAAAUAACUUAAACAAUUGCUAUAGAAAAGAUUGCACCUCUUAAAUUUUAGAGAAUGUUAAUUUAACGUGUCAAUUAAACCUCAUGCUGUAUCCAGGCUAUGCCCUAAGCAUAAUGAAUAAUGCUGUGUGCCCUAAGCAUAUUGAAUAAUGCUAUGUGCCCUAAGUGAAAUGAAUAAUGCUAUGUGCCCUAAGCAUAAUGAAUAAUGCUAUGUGCUCUAUGUGUAGAGAAUAAUGCUUUGUGCCCUAAACAUAAUGAAUAAUUUUAUGUGCCCUAAGCAUAAUGAAUAAUUCUACCAUUAUUGACAUAAAUCUAUCAAACUAUUUAAUUCAUAUUAAAAGAGUACUAGACACAAAUUCUUGCUAAGAAUCACACAAACUCAUUGGUGUUUAUGGUUUACAACCAGCUGCAAUGUUCAUGAAGUUAUGACAUGGUAUUUAUGGUUUACAACCAAGUGCAAUGUUCAUGAAGUUAUGACAUGGUAUUUAUGGUUUACAACCAAGUGCAAUGUUCAUGAAGUUAUGACAACAAACUUUGUAACUAGGCUGUUAACUCACUAAAGAUUCCUGCAAGCUACAGGCUGAUUUUUAAUGUAAGCUUUGGAUUUUACUUAUGUAUCUAUUCAAAGCAAUUGAAGAUCUUAAUGUUGAAAGUACUGAAAGUCACAAAUAAUGAUAGGGAUAUAAUCCAAUUCAAAUAUUCUUUUUGUCUAUAAAAUUUGAUCAUUCUUAUUUUUUGGCUUGUUUAAAUAAGGGACUUGGCUAAACCGGAUAAGAAAAAGGUCACAGUUGAGUCUGAUUUUGACAAAGAUGAGACAUAAGUACUUUUAGCAGUAGGGCCUUCAAUUUGGAUUUAUGUGACUUUAUAUUUACAUUUAUGUACUUAUCUUAGCUUAUCAGACAAGAGCAAAGUCCAAUUUACUGUAUUAUGGCAGCCUAAUAAAUUGACAGAACCCACUUAAUGUAUUGGGAUACCUUUGGAUAUUUUCCUUUAGUUAUAAAUGACUGAGAUUUCUUGGAUAAGAUACAUUUGAAAUGUUUUAUCAAAUGGUUUCUGGGGUAGCUUCACAAUUAAUUCCAUUGUAUCACUACUGUUCAACUUAAAAUAUUGCUUUAUUCUAAUUUUUUUUUUUUUAAGUUCAGUUGUUAAUUUUUUUUUUAUUGUCGGCCAAAAUUUUUAAGUUUUCCCCAAUGAUUUUAAGGUACUAGAGAUUCUUGGUGAGAAAUUUGGCACCACUUUGAACAGCAAGGGAUAUAAAAUGCUGCCUCCAUAUUUAAGAGUGAUACAAGGAGAUGGGAUAUCUUAUGAGACAUUAGGAAAGAUACUGGAAAAUAUGAAGAAACAUCAGUGGAGUGCAGAGUUGGUGGCAUUCGGCAGUGGUGGAGCUUUGCUUCAGAAGUUAGACAGAGACACUCAGAAGUGUGCCUUCAAGUGCAGCUAUGCAGUCAUAAAUGGAAAAGAGGUAACAAUGAUGAGCAAGGUGUUAUUCCAUAGUUCCCUCCUUUUCUAAAUAGAUUCUUUGAUUCAAUAAGUUUUCUUAAUCACCAAUAAGUCUUCUUGAUCACCAAUAAGUCUUCUUAAUCACCAAUAAGUCUUCUUGAUGACCAAUAAGUCUUCUUAAUCACCAAUAAGUCAGUCUUCUUAAUGACCAAUAAGUCUUCUUGAUGACCAAUAAGUCUUCUUAAUGACCAAAAGUCUUCUUAAUCACCAAUAAGUCUUCUUGAUCACCACUAAUAUUUCUCUAAGUAUGAAAGUCUAUGGGAUAAUACAGGUGGGCCGCCUUGAUAAAAUUUUUCCUCUAUUCAAUAAUAGUUAUGUAAAAAUAAGGAAAUCUUAGAUUUAUGAGAGAUGACAAACAGGUUUUAUAAUAUUUUCAUGUUGGUAAAAUACAUUUUUUAAGUUAAUUUUACUUAGUGAACAAUAUUGUAACCUAAUCUAAAUGUACCUAAUUAUAACAAUAAUAAUAUGCUGGGAUACUGCUCCUUAUCAAAACAGCUCAUCAUCCUUAAAUAAUAUUUAAAUGGGGGACGUCCUAGAAGUCAGGUUGUCAGUUUUAGUGUGUCUUAAGAUAAAAAUAGGUUGCACUAAAGAAAUACAGUUAUUGAAGAAUGAAGAUAUAUUUGAAGUACAGCCCCUUCUAAACUUGUAUAUUUAUCAUAUUGUUAAUUUUUAGUAGAUUUUCUUUACUGAUAAAUCUGUGGAGACAAACAAAAUGUAUUUUACUUGUAGGUGAAUGUGUUCAAAGACCCAGUUACUGAUAGAGGUAAAAAGAGCAAGAAAGGUAGACUAACAUUGGAACUCUCCAAUAAUGUGUACACAACAACUGAAGAAGGGGCUGGUGACCCAAGUUUGGUGAGUCUGAUCUAGAUCUUGUUUAAAGUUGUUGUGGCAUUCCACUGCUCUAAAUCUUAUUUUUCAGGGUUUGAGUUUAAGACACUUUGUUGAUAUGUUGUCGAUCCUUGAGAUGAACAUGAAAAUAUUUGAUGUAAUGUUUAUAAUUUCUCUUAAAAAAUAGGAUGUCAUGCAGCUGGUGUUUGAGAAUGGCAAACUUCUUAAAGAAUAUACCUUUGAUGAAAUCAGGAAGAAUGCUGAAAUCGACUUGGUUCGGAAUCUGACCAAGUAAUUAUUAGUGUAGGUGGGCUGUUUUUCAUUAUUGUCAUGGUUUACAUAGUUGCUGUAGAAAAAUAAAGGUAUGUCUUGUUUACAUUAUUUUUUUGGGGGUUAAAUUAAUAUUUAAACAAUGAUUAUGAAAUUAUAGAAUAAAGUUUUAAGCCAACAAUCCUAUUGUGUAUUUCAGUGGUUCCCAAUAUGGGCAGUACAGUAGCUCUGGGUCAGGGUGGCUUUAGGGCUUAGAAUAAUAUCAAUAAUGCAUGCAGUAACCAGCUGUGGUAAAUAGUUGUCUUCCAAGGGAUGGGUCAGGGUGGCUUUAGGGCAGGGAUGG